CUGUAAUGGAAACACUUUGGGAAUUUAUGUAGCUCAGAACGCGAGAACACCUUAUAGUGGAAUCACAUUAUUUUGAAAUCAUUACAUUACGGUUAUUGAUGCUCGUGAAUGCUUAGUAGAUUUUUGUGGCUGCUAGUUGCGAAACGGCCACACUUUGCUUGGGUUUGUUUACAAUCCGGCAAAAGAAAAAUAAAAACAGGCUCCAAUUUCGAAACAAUGGCACAGGUUAAGCGGUACCGCAAAUCCUCGAAGUCAUCCGAAGACGGGGAACAGGACAACGAUGACUACGUGCCGUACGUGCCGGUGAAGGAGCGGAAGAAGCAGCACAUGAUGAAGCUGGGUCGGGUCGUGCAACUGGCCUCGGAGACGACGCAGCCCAAGUCCUCGAGCGAGAACGAGAACGAGGACGACUCGCAGGGGGCCCACGACGCCGAGACCUGGGGCCGCAAGUACAACAUCAGCCUGCUGGACCAGCACACGGAGCUGAAGAAGAUUGCGGAGGCCAAGAAGCUCAGUGCCGUGGAGAAGCAGCUGCGCGAGGAGGAGAAGAUCAUGGAGAGCAUCGCCCAGCAGAAGGCGCUGAUGGGCGUGGCCGAGCUGGCCAAGGGCAUCCAGUACGAGGAGCCCAUCAAGACCUCCUGGCGGCCGCCGCGCUACAUUCGGGCCAUGUCGGAGGAGGAGCGCCAAAACAUACGCCAGCAGCUUAGGAUCCUCGUGGAGGGCGAGAACCCAAGUCCGCCCAUCCGCAGCUUCCGCGAAAUGAAGUUCCCCAAGGGCAUUCUGAACGGCCUGGCGGCCAAGGGCAUCAAGACGCCGACUCCGAUCCAGGUCCAAGGCCUGCCCACUGUGCUGGCGGGGCGCGAUCUCAUUGGCAUUGCCUUCACCGGGUCCGGCAAGACCCUGGUCUUCGUGCUGCCCGUCGUCAUGUUCGCCCUGGAGCAGGAGUUCAGCCUGCCCUUCGAGCGCAACGAGGGCCCCUACGGCCUGAUCAUCUGCCCGUCCCGCGAGCUGGCCAAGCAGACGCACGAGAUCAUCCAGCACUACAGCAAGCAUCUGCAGGCCUGCGGCAUGCCCGAGGUGCGCUCCUGCCUGGCCAUGGGCGGGCUGCCGGUCAGCGAGGCGUUGGACGUGAUCUCGCGCGGCGUGCACAUCGUGGUGGCGACCCCCGGACGCCUCAUGGACAUGCUGGACAAGAAGAUCCUCACGCUGGACAUGUGCCGCUACCUCUGCAUGGACGAGGCUGACCGGAUGAUUGACAUGGGCUUCGAGGAGGACGUGCGCACGAUAUUCUCCUUCUUCAAGGGCCAGCGCCAGACGCUGCUCUUCUCGGCCACCAUGCCGAAAAAGAUCCAGAACUUUGCCCGCUCUGCCCUGGUGAAGCCGGUCACCAUAAACGUGGGUCGCGCAGGAGCGGCGUCCAUGAACGUCACCCAGCAGGUGGAGUACGUGAAGCAGGAGGCCAAGGUGGUGUACCUGCUGGACUGUCUGCAGAAGACGGCGCCGCCCGUGCUCAUUUUCGCCGAGAAGAAGCAGGACGUGGACUGCAUACACGAGUACCUGCUGCUGAAGGGCGUGGAGGCGGUGGCCAUACACGGCGGCAAGGAUCAGGAGGAACGGUCGCGGGCCGUCGACGCUUACCGCGUGGGCAAGAAAGACGUGCUGGUGGCCACCGACGUGGCCUCGAAGGGCCUGGACUUCCCCAACGUGCAACACGUCAUCAACUACGACAUGCCGGACGACAUCGAGAACUAUGUGCAUCGCAUUGGCCGUACGGGGCGCUCCAACACCAAGGGACUGGCCACCACGCUCAUCAACAAGAUCACCGAACAGUCGGUGCUGCUCGACCUGAAGCACCUGCUCAUCGAGGGCAAGCAGCAGGUGCCCGACUUCCUGGACGAGUUGGCGCCUGAGGCCGAGCACCAGCACCUGGACCUGGGCGACUCCCACGGCUGCACCUACUGCGGCGGCCUGGGCCAUCGCAUCACGGAGUGCCCCAAGCUGGAGGCCGUCCAGAACAAGCAGGCUUCCAACAUUGGGCGUCGCGACUAUCUGUCGAAUACUGCCGCGGAUUACUAAGCCACUACCACCACCUAAUUGUAAGGUUACUACGAC